UGUGUGUGUGUGUACAGUAAGUGGGGUGUGUCGCUGUAAUGUAGAUGUCUGGUUUAUCCAGAUCUGAUUGUGACAGUUUGUGUGUUUCCUCCUCGUCUGAUUGGUUGAUUUUAAUUACAGGUAAAGUGUAUUUACAGACACACGUCAACCGACUGACUCAUACGCACAACAGUGAUGGGCCAGUGUGUGUGUGUGUGUGUGUGUGUGUGUGUGUGUGUGUGUGUGUAUCAGUAGUUUGGAAACCUGCUGCUGGCAGAAAGCUGACCCUCUGUCCUGGACAUGGGGUCAGAAGGUGUGUGUGAUGCUGGAGCUCUGGUCCCCAGUCAGGGGUCAGAGGUUAUGCUUGGGGAAAGUGGAGUGAUUUGGGACACGCCCCAGCUGGAGGAACUGGGGGAAGAUCCAUCACUCUCCUACACGCAUCAUGCUGUUCCUCCUGGUUGGUAUUUUUCUCCUGCACAUUGCUACAGUCAUCCUCCUGCUCACGGCCACCAUCGAGAAUGCUUGGUGGACCACCGGCUUAAUAUCCACUGAUAUUUGGAGUCGAUGGCUUUGGAACGGAGCUCAGUGGAACAACACUGCGCUUCCAAGCAACUAUUCUCAAGAUUACCUCCAGGCGGUGCAGGCGAGCUCUAUAUUAGCGUGUGUGUUUUCGGGUAUUGGUUUGUUUGUGUUCCUCGCUCAGCUCUUCACACUGCCCAAAGGAAAACGCUUCAUCCUGUCAGGAGUGUUCCAGCUGCUGGCCUGUCUGUGUAUUAUGAUCGCUGCCUCAAUCUACACUGACAUUUUCCACAAGGAAGAGACGGGAUGGUAUGGUCCAAGUUUCAUCAUCGCCUGGACAGCCUUCGCUCUCUCCUUAAUCUCCAGCAUCAUCUACUUCGUCCUGCGCAAGAAAACUACCUGAGGAGCUCAACACACACUCCUACACACACACACACACACACACACACACACACACACACACACACACACACACACACACACACAUUCAUUGUAUUAUAGAAGGAGAGUGUUUGUGUGUGUGUGUGUGUGUGUGUGUGUGUGUGUGUGUGUGUGAAGGUGGUUAAUAAUGGAUUAGUUUGUUAAAAUAAAUUGUAUUAAGUAGUUUGUGGGAAGAUGUGUCCAAUUUUUAAAACAAGCCAAAAUGAAUUUCUUUACUUUUAUAUAAUGUUAGAAUUAUUUUUAUAUUCAGGGUGAAAAUGAUUGUGAGUCCGCGUUCCACUGAGUGACGAAUCAAACCUCAGCGUGUAGUUGCUAUUUGAAUAGAAAUAAUCCCACAUUUUAUUACAUUAUCUUUUCUCUACAUGUGUAAAUAUGAGUGAUGAUUGGUCAGUGAAGUGAGGAGAAAAUGCUGAUUGGUUACAAACGUCCUCUUAUACAAACCUCUUUAUAUUUCUAUUACAUUUACUGUACCUUAUAAACCCAAAUAAAAAUAAAAGUGUG